AUGGGCCCAGCCCGGGGCUGUUCCCUCGGCACGCCAGAGAAAAGUCUUCCCAGUUCUAGAACCCCGGAUAAGAGCAAAGAGCCCGCCGAGAUAAAGAUAAAGGCGUCCGGGCGGGCAUCACCUAGCACCUGCAACCGCUUCCCGAAGGGCAGGUGGGGCAAAGUUGCUCUUCUAAAAGGCUACGAAAAGUUCCCCAAGCUGCAGUUCCGGCCUCUGGGUCUGGAAGGGAAAUUAAGUAGCGGCAGGAAAUCCUGCCACCGCUGCCAGGGUCCCUCACUCACCGCUCCAGCCGCCAGGGACCCUCCGCCCAGGGGUGUCAGCGCUUCAGCCGCGGCCGCGCGGGCGUCGCUCCGGCUCGUUCCCCGGGGCCGCCUCCGUCUGCCGCUCUCUCCUGCAGCGCGCGGAGAGGUAACUCCUCUGAACGUGUCAGCGGCGAGAGGAGGGGCGGGAAAGUGGCUCCCGGUUUGCACGCUGCGGUCCUCCUCCUCCUCCACCGCCUCGCCUCCUCCCCCCGGUGCUGCAGUGCCGGGCGACGGCGUAGCGAGAGUACGAGCAGCGCGCAGGGAGGGAGUCACGGCGCGCGGGGGAGGCGGGAGCCGCGCACGACUUGGUGCUGAGCGGGUUGACGCGCUCCGGGAAGUCCCGGUGCUAGGCGCUGCCACCGCGCGGGAUGGCGGGCGAGGAGAGGCGGCUAAGGCCACCCCCAAGUUGCAGGAACAUUUCGCCCCCUUGCACUGCUGGAGACCCCGGAUCGAGCUUCCUCAUUUCAAAGCUGCAGGGUUCCGCCGCUUGGGAGAAACCUGCCCCAACGAGGCCACACCCAAGACUGGCUCAGCCACCCCACCGCAGCACAGGAGGGCCUUCGGCAGCCGCCCCUUCCCCCUCCCCACCCUCACCCCCACCUCCUGCGCUGUCACCUAGACAUUGCGGGAACUGGGGCUUCCCCUGUCCCCCACACUGCCAGGUCCCUGCUUCUACAGAACCAGGUCCGGAAGGGAAGCGGCUGCACAGGCAGAUGGCUUCCCCGCGAUCACUGCUUCGGUGGUGGGUGACCCGAGGCAAGACAAAGCGCAAAGCCUAAGUAGGCUGCCAAGGGUGGAAAUCUCUCUCUCCCUCUCCCUCUCCCUCCCCCCCCCCCCUCUCUCUCUCUCUCUCUCUCACACACACACACACACACACACACACACACACACACACACAGAGUCUAUCUGCCAAUGUGUUCUAUUCAUGUAAAUAUGCCUGGAUGAUUGAGUAUGGAUGUGUGGAUAUAAAUACUACAUGUGCAUGUGCCAAAAAGGGGAGAUAUCUUGCAUCUCAGACAAAAUUCUGCCCGGAGAGACUGGUGGGAAUGAGGUGGUUCACCCCAGCGGUGUUUUAACAUGAGCCUUCCAGCUUGGUUUGUGCCAUUAAGCCUAAUACUGUGAAGGAAGAAAAGAGACCUGUAACUUUCCCUUCUCUCCAUGUCCAGCAUACUAGAGUUUAUGAUUACCGUGUCUCAUAAAACCUACACUUGCUGCGCUGGUCUUUGAAAGCCUGCCUGGGUCUUGUUUUGGUUAAAGACAUUGCAGUUGGCAACUACAUGUGGUGCUGAAAAGUGGUCAGGCAAUGUGAAAAUCAGGGAACACACUCAUUUGCAUGUCAUGGAUCCUUCUACAUUGAGAAAUCAUUUAAAUUGUGUAGGCUAAAAUUACUGUGUUGUUACCAUGAGAAGGCAUAUAUAUCUCAUGGGAAUGCCUAUAAAUCCAGCAUUGGAAAUAAAAUUGUGAACUUUUAAAAAAUCAUAAAUCUUACUCAGAUUGUCUACAUAUUAUAUACAUACAUACGUAAUUUUGAGCUCUAAACUGCAAAAUGUGCUGGUAAAUCACUGGGUUCCCAAGUGGAUACCCUCUUGAGAACUUCACAGUAUUAUGGAUUGUUUCUCCAGUGAUGUAAGUUCAAAAAACCGUAACACAAACCUUAAAAAUGCUCUAUGCUUUGCUGUCUCUCCCUUAAAUCAUUCCCCUGUGCUAUCCAUGAAAGAUAUUUAAAGGAGUGUAUCAAUUUCUCUUGCUGCUGAGUUUUCAUGUCUUGAUGCACUUGAAGAUAGCAGCUCCUACAGGAAAAUUCCUGAUUGCAUAUUUGCAGGAAACAUCUGAUUUAAGACCAGAUCGUGUUGGAGGAGGGUAUUUUGAUGUGUCUCUGGAGCACAUCACACAUUCUCAGGAUCAUGGUGGGCAUGGGCUCCUUGUCUUCCCCUCCAGAGCCCCUCACAUUCUAGGGUUCUACCUGGUGCAUCCCUUGGCCCCAGGCCUAUUGGAUCCAGCACUCAGAACAGUCUUGUUCACGCUUUCUCUCCUUAAAACCCUUGUCUUGUAGGGGCUGAUGGAGAGUAAAGGGGAUACCUGCCUUGUCCCCAUAAAAUCCUAAAGUCACUCUCCACCUACAAAUCAGAAAUGUUAUUUCUCAGCGCAGUGUGUGUGUUUGUGAUACUAGAAAGCAAGCCAUUAAAGACAUCCAGUGAGCAUCAAAGAUCUGUCUUCACACCUACAAAGUAGUUUCAAUAAAAAUAAUUCAUACUAAGUACAGAUGCCUCGGUGAUUACAUUUGAUAACACACUCAAGCACAGUGUCUAGCACAUAGUGGGCACAGAAUAAACAUCAGUCCCCCUUCCUUUUAGUAGCCAGAAUGAGUGCCAGGUUGUGCCAUGGAGUGCAGGUACUCCAAGAUGCUUCUGGAAGCUUACAGUAACACCUAGCUUCCAGAACAGCAUUUUAAAUUAAGGUCACACCUGGACUAAGGCCACACCUUUCUAGUUUUCCUUAUCCAUCAUCAGGGAUCAAGAGUGAGGCACAGACAUCCAUCUUUCUCACCUCCAAUACUCACAGCUUUCCCAACAUGCUGUCUUAAAUCUAAUAUUAAUCUCAUUAAGCCCUUAAUGCCUAUUUACAUCAGUCACCACAAGCAGCCCCAGAAUCCCAAGUGCAUUUUUCACCCCUACAUUCUAAUGUUUCAAGG